AUGUACCCGAGCUCACAGUCGGCCAGACACCCGGCACAAACUCUGUCAAUGAACAGUCAGUAUAUUUCGCCUCCGUAUGACUUCGCCGGCUAUCAUCACGUCCCGGGAGUCGGUGACCCGUCGACGAGUGCCUGGAACCCUAUUUACACUCCCCGGGAGGAGUAUCCGUACAGCUUCCCGGGGUCAAGCCCCAGCGCUGGGCAGGUCAGCUUCACCUCCGCGGAGCUGAGUGGCACGCCCACCGCUGCUGGAGGGGGGUCGUUCACCCCUUACAACUUUAUCUCUGGACAGGACCCUUUCAGCUGCAGGAGGAGACCACAUGAACCCAUCAGACCGCCCGUCACAGGAGGGAAGACUCGCACUAAGGACAAGUACAGGGUGGUGUAUACUGACCACCAACGCCUAGAGCUUGAAAAGGAGUUUCAGUACAACCGCUACAUCACCAUGAGGAGGAAGACUGAACUGUCACUGGCACUGAGCCUCUCCGAGAGACAGGUGAAGAUCUGGUUUCAGAACAGACGUGCCAAAGAGAGGAAAAUCAACAGGAAGAAGCUGCAGCAUUCCCAGCAGGCCUCCACGACUACACCCACACCACCUGUGCUAGGUGGACCCACUGACAUCCACAUCACCACCAGCCCCAGCAGCAAUAUUUUGUCUGAUGCAAUAUCAGAGGAAUACUAGGUGAAUUUCAUAUAAAGGACUGAUGGGGUUUCUGGCGUGUACAUAGGGUUUUGUUUUUUAGAAUUUUUGCCACAGAAUGAAUCAUCAACAUAAUGUUGUAAUGCUGCAUUUCACAAUAGCAAACUUUAUCUUUUGCUCUGAUCAUCUCUGCUGGGCGUUCUCCGACAGUGACAGUGACAAGCUAAAAUCCUGCGGAUUUUUGUGCCUCCGGCACUUCUGCAGUGCCUCGGGCACUUCCGGUGGGAGAUCAUACUCAAUCAACUCAAGUUACACAGUGCAAGAACAGCCAUUUUGGGCACAGAGUGGGAAUGAAAGGUGCAUCAUUCUCCCAUUUUACAAGUCAGUGGACCAUCAAAAUGAUUUUAAAGCUGUUAUUUCAAGAUAACAUAGAUGUGUUGCUAAAGUGACGAUCAAGAGGUUCAGAGGUUCUCUUCUUUAACAUAAAGGCAUGCUGAAAUGUUCUUGGUUGACAGAGAAACAGUGCAUGUCACGUACUGUAUAGCCGCAAAUGCUACUUAAAUAAGAAAAGAGAAAUGAUGUGUGUGUGCUUGUUUGCUUCUCUGUCUUUUUGCUCUAACCGCAUGGGGAAAUAAGUCUCAAAAAUCAGACUUAGAAAUAAAAACAGCUACAGCUACAGAUUCCGCAAAUGUAUCAAAAACCAGCCCUUCUGCUUAUUUUAGGGAAGUGAAAGGACACAAAUUCACCUCUUUUAUAAGCAUUUGAAUUUGUGGGAAAUAGAGAAUGUGUUAUGUUUGUUACAACUAACAAAAAAACAGUUAUGCCAAAGUUCGUCAACCUUUUAAUUUUCUUUCUGUUGAAAUAUUGAUGCAGGAUAUUUCCUGGAAUGACUCCUGAAAAAAGUAAAAACCAUUGGGUUUCAGUCAGUGGGAGGAAGGCAGCAGCAUAAUGGAGGGGGCGAAAAAUAGGAAGUAAGAACAGUCAGACAGGAGGCAUUUAUUGUUAAACAGGUAUAAAAUAUGACAAAAAAACAUUUGGUGAAAACACUUUUUUUCUCUUUUAAGUUAAAACUUUGUUUUGUUUUGGUUUAGUUGCGACAUUGCGAUAAAGGCAAUGCACUGAGAAAAAAUGUGUUUAAAAAUGGCUGUGGAAAUAGGCCCCUCAGACAGCAGUGUUUCACCACAUCCUGAAAAACAGCUGCACAUAGCUUUACCACAUGACACACAAUCUACAAUCAUUGUACCGCUAAGCACAGACAUUCGGCUUUGUCAUGAACAUGGAAGAGUAUUUCAAGUGUGAAAAGAUCUGUGCUUCUGUGGUCUUUUGGGACAUUUAUGUAUGAAAAAUAAUACAUACAAAAAUAAUAAAUACAUUACAGUUGUUAUAAUUGUGUACUGUACCAUACUUUACUCAAAUUAACAUAUUUGUGCGUGUUCCUGUUUGUAAGUCACUUUAGAGAAGUGGCAGAAAAAGUGGCAUAUGUAGCAAUAUGCAAAUAGACGUGACCAGAGCCCACCAAAAACCGUUGUACCACUGUCACACCAUCUUUAUGCAACGAAUGUAUAUUUUGCAACCAGAGUGAGAGUCUCUGCUCUUGUGUCUUCAUAUGUUGAAAGUUAAGUUUAUGGUGGUUUUAAUGUUUGUUAAAUGUGUUUUGCUGCCCAGCGUAGAUGUUUAUUGAUCAGGUUGUAUUUUCUGUUCAUUAGCACUAACCGCCAGCUGUGGGUCGAUUUGCUUUCAAUGCAUUACAGUCUUCUGAAACAUU